AUGAACUCACAUGAUUCAGCCCCUAUAGCGCUUGAAGAUGGUCUAGACUUAGGGAAACUUUUUACGUGUGGAUCUAUUCUUCACAUAAAUGAAGAUUAUGAUCAUCUUGCUUAUGUUGAACCAGAGAAUAAGGAAGUAAAUAGAUUAGAUUAUAUUGGAGAACCAGUAACAUCUUUUGAAGAAUUUCAAAAACAAUUAACACCAUUAGACGAGCAUGGACUUAUUAAGAAAAAAAUUUUGGAAGAAGGAGGGGGUUUGCCAUUAGAUAAGGGAUUUACUGUUUCAUUUAUUUUCUCAGGGUAUUGGGAAAAUAGUUAUGAACCCUUUGAUUUCACAAAACUACAUAAACCACUGGUUGUUAUUUUAAAUGAAAAUGGAUUAUUACCUGGUCUUCAAACGGCAAUAGCAUCAAUGUUAGUGGGUGAAACAUCAGUAUUUUUAUUAUCUUAUAAAGUUAUGUAUGGAGAAAUAGGUAUCCCACCCAGAAUAAAACCCAAAGCUGAUUGUGUUUUUUACAUAAAACUUGUAAAAAGUAUCAUAACACCUAAAGAUGGGCAAAUAGAUUUUUCAGAGCCUAACAUGUUUAAUAGAGUCCAACAUGAAGUCAAAUUAUUAUAUUCUUCAGGCCUAAUGUUGUAUAAAACUAACAAUUUCACUGCAGCAAGCCAAGUUUUUAAAAAGGCAGUAAAUAUGUUACAUAGAUGUAGGCUUGCUGAUGAGAGUGAAGAGAAAAUACAAGAAAAGUAUCUGAAAAAAUUAUAUCUCAAUUUAGCUAUUUGUUAUAAUGAAACUAAAUUGCCAUGUAAAGCAUGUAUUGCAUGUAAUGAACUCAAUAGAUUGAAUAGUCUAUGGAACAAUGGAAAGGCUCUUUUUCAAAAUGCAAAGGCUUUAAGAAUGAUAGGUCAAUUUGAUGCAGCUGAAAAAAAACUAAAACGAGCUUUGCAAUUAAAUCCCAAUGAAAGUAUCACUGCUGAAUUAAAACUUCUGAACAAACUUAAAGAUUCUUGUUAUAAAAAGAAACUUAUUUCAAAUGACAUUCUAUCAGAUCGUAAAAACAUAGUUCGUGAAAAUUUUAAAAGUGAUGUUGAUAAUCUUAUUAAAACAUUCAAAGAAAAUGUUGAUCUAUGUAAGUUUACUCUCCCUGGAGAGUUAAAUGCGGCAGAAAAAGAUUAUAUCAAAGAAGCAUGUAUUAGAGAAAAUUUAUAUUUUACUGAAAUCAAUCAGAAAUGUUUAUUAGAUAAAGACAAUGAGAGUGAUCCUAUAGAAUCAAAGAUUGAUUUGUUUCAU